GACGUCCGGGCCAUUUGCAACGUGAAUGCGAGCCUGAAGGGCGUCGGGCAGACGGGCCACAAGGGAAUUGGCUGGAAGAGCGUGUUCCGCAUCAGUGACUGCCCUCACGUCUUGUCAAGGGAGUUUGCCUUCAAGUUCGACACAAUGGGCCCACUAGGCAAGCUGGCUUUUGUCACUCCUACGAACCUCUCGGACGAGGAGAUUCAGUCCCUUCCAGAGCCUGUGAAGGAAGCCAAGGACGCUGGGAAAACAGUCAUGUUUCUACCCUUGCGUGCGGAGAGCGAUGCUCCCGCAGUUGAAGCAGAGCUCAAGCAGAUUGCAGCCCAGCAUCUUUGCCUGGCAUUCUUGCGCCGGCUCCGGAGGCUCCAAUUGCAAUUUCCAGAUGGUCGAAGCAUUGUCCUCCAGCGGUGUCAGGCGCAGUAUGCCCAACUCUACUUUCCUGACGCAUCCGACAUCACGGCAGUCAAGAUCAGCGAUGCGGAUCAGGCACGCCUCGUGUGGUCUGAAGACUCAUCAAAUGUCAUCUAG